CCCCGUUAUUCGCGCAUGGGCCACCUGAUCCAGAAGGGUUGUCCACCCUUCUUGCCGUGGGGUUUGGCGUGAUCCAGUCCUCGGCUCAACCACUUCGGCUCCACGUCGGAGCAUGCAAGGGAACGGGUGAAUGCACAUCACCGUGAGGGGUACCAGAUGACUAUUUAUCACACGCGCAAUUGAAACAUUCGUUCAUCAUUCCUACUUGCUGAAGUCAUCGUUCACUGUGUUUUUGGUUGGUCUGUUAGCCAUCAUGCCGAAUCCCAUCCGCGAAGACAUCGCCGUCCGGGAUGAUACAUCCUUCCCCUACAUCUUUGAACAGAAUGUCACCAUUGCUCUGAAAGAUGAGUCCGGUCUCGUCCGAUGCAAUAUCUACCGGCCCAAGGAGCUAGAAAAAGCCCCUGUCCUUGUUACCUAUGGCCCGUACGGCAAAGACAUCCCUUACUCAGACUUUCACCCCAAGUCGUUUAGCGAAGUCAACCAGGAGCAUCACUCCGACCAUUCAGCCUGGGAGACUCCUGAUCCUGGGUUCUGGACCAAACAUGGAUAUGCCAUUGUUCGGGCGGACGAAAGAGGGACUGGCCAGUCUCGCGGCAAGCUGGACACCAUGUCCCGUGAAACGAGCGAGGCUUUCUUCGAUGUGGUCGAAUGGGUGGCCGAGCAGCCAUGGUCCACCGGCAAGGUAGGAUUGUUGGGGAUCAGUUACUAUGCUGGCAGUCAGUGGAGAGUCAGCGCACGGCAGCCCAAGGGACUGUCGUGUAUCAUCCCGUGGGAGGGCAUGUCCGACUACUACCGGGAUCGAUGCCGACACGGGGGGAUCCUGUCAAACGCUUUCAUCAAAUUCUGGUGGGACCGCCAAGUGGUCUCGAAUCAGUACGGGCUUCCCGGUCGUGCCGCUCGCAACUGGGGUCCUGACACUAUUGAAGGUGACCUUUCUGAAGAAGAGUUGCAGGCCAAUCGCCAGGACCAGACAGUCGAUAACGUGAACAACAAUUUCCGGGAUGACGAGUAUUAUGCUAGCAAGGAGUACACCAUGUCCGACAUUCAGGUGCCUCUUCUUUCUGUAGCUAACUGGGGCGGCAUUCUACUGCAUCUUCGCGGAAAUGUGGAAGGCUGGACCCAGGCGGGCAGCGAACUGAAGUAUCUGCGGUUUAUCACCGGUCGCCAUGACCUGCCUUUCUACUACAACGAGGAGGUUGAAAUCCAACGCAGCUUCCUGGAUGCCUUUCUCAAGGGCGAUGAUCGCGUGGGGUGGUCGACCGGCACGGCUCCGAAGGUUGAUCUGGUGCUCCGCAGGGGAGACGUUGGAUUCAACAAUGCCGAGGCGGAGAAAGGAUUUCCUCGCCGCAUUGAAAAUGAAUGGCCUAUUGCUCGCACCCAGUACACACGAUACUAUCUGACCUCAAAGCAAGAACUGGUUACUGCUGCACAGCAGGAGCGCCCGGUCAAAAUCACAUACCGUGCUCUGGGCAAUAUGCAGAAUUCCCAGCUGGUGCAGUUCACCACUCCGCCAUUUGAGCAGGAGACAGAGAUUACCGGACACAUUGUUGCACAUCUCAAUGUGUCGAUGAGCUCUGAGCCAGGCUCGCCUACUCCCAAAGACAUCGACUUGUUCCUAACGCUGCGGUAUAUUUCGCCCGAGGGCAAGGAGGUGUUUUACACCGGCACGGCUGGCGAUCCGGUACCUCUCUGCAAGGGCUGGCAGCGUGUCAGUUUGCGCAAGACGAACCCAGAGCACCCUCGUCACCGGGACUGGCUUCCAUAUCGUAAUUAUUACUCCACAGACGUGCUCCCGGUUGUUCCUGGCGAGGUGUACCCGGUUGAUGUGGAGGUGUGGCCGACGAACGUGGUGGUCGAAAAGGGAGGGAAGAUCAUCCUGGAGGUGUCAUCGGGCGAUACCCAAGGGUGCGGAAUCUUCCAGCACAAUUCCCCUGAGGAUCGUUCCCCGGAGCGAUUCCAAGGCCUCAACCAUAUCAACUUUGGCCACGGCGACAAUUAUGUCACGUUGCCGGUUAUCCCAUCGAGGGGAUGGUUGGAGGAACUCCGCAUGAGCAGGUAGAUUAGUGUCAAGCUUACUCGGUAGAUGUGGUAGAUUAGCAAUCAGAAUCAAGUCCCAGAAUGCGUG